AAGGGGUUCUGUGCAAAGGCAGUCUCAGUGCCAAGAAAAUAAUAUGAAGGAUUUCUGCUACUGGGAUGGUUAAAUGUGGUCCUGAUGUAACAAGACACCAUGGAAUUAAAAAGAGGGAAAACCUUCAUAAAAUCUAGCAUGCAUCUAACGCAUGACAGGUUACCGUUGGUGGGCUUGAGUCCUAGAGAGAAGGGCAAUGUGGGAACAGACAGAAAGGAAGAGAUCAGUUCUGAAUUUGAAGUCCAAAAAGCAAGUUUUGCUGCAGAUGAAAAUGACAGAAUAUCCAACAGAUCCACAAAGACAGGAAUUAAUGACAGCAACCUGUUACUUCCACAAUCUUUCUACAAACCUGUUCGGAAAAGCAAAACCCAUGACUGUGUUCUAAGCAUGGACAAAACUGAAGACUACAGCCAUGGCAACAAAAUCUUGGAGGAGGUGACAGCAGCUCCUGGGAGAAAUAAAGGGCGACUCAUCAACAGUGCCAGCUUUUCUGGGCUAGGGAACACUCAACAUUCAAGUGGCAAGAAAGAAUCUGUGGUCAGCUCAAGCCAUUUUUUGAGUGGCAGUCACCAAAUGAUUGAUUACAGAAACUUUGUGCCACAGAUGCCCUUUGUGCCAGCUGUUGCAAAAAGUCUCCCUAGGAAGAGGAUUUCCCUGAAGCGAUCAAAAAAAGGUUUCCGGGACAUAUUUCACAUUAAAAAAAACAAACCAGAGAAUCUUGCCUUGUUGUCAGAAAAGCAAAAAAGGCUACCAUUUCCAGGGGGCAAGACAGAACUGGCAGGCAGGUUGACUAAAUAUUUCUUCAAAGCUGGAGAAAACUUUUCUGCUGACUGUUUGGCGCAAGACUUUUCUGAUGGUGAGAUGCUGUCAGAGUCCUCCUAUGAGUACUCCAGUGCUCUGUGUGAGGAUAUUGCUUCCUUAAAGAGCUUUGAUUCUCUCACUGGAUGUGGAGAGAUUUUUGCAGAUGAGAGCUCUGCUCAUAUGGAACUAGAGGUCAGCAAAGAAAUCUUGCUGAGGCAAUCUCAACAGAAAGAGAACCCUGCCACAGGAUCCUUUCAAGGGGGAGUGGAACAGCUUGCAUCACCAGCACAAAAUGAAGCAGCCGAUUUUGCAAAACUUUGGGACAACAUCAACAAAUCCGUGCAACUGCAUCAGAAGAUGCUAUUUGAUAGGCAGCUACUAAAAAUACCCAGUAGUGAGUUGGGAAAGUCAACAACGGAGACUGAUACCUCUGUAUCUGACCCACUUUCUUCCCCUGACUCUUCCAAAGAAAGUUCCAUAAAUACAGGGACACCAAAGAGUGACAACCAGGAAUCUAUGUCCACCAGUGAUGAAGGAUACUAUGAUUCAUUUUCUCCUGGACAAGAUGAUGAAAUAAGGGAAGAUCAAUCUCCUGAAGUACCAGGUAGAUUUCCAAGAGACAGUUAUAGUGGGGAUGCCCUUUAUGAGCUAUUCUAUGAUCCUAAUGAAGCCCAAAUCAGCCCAGUACCAGAUGAUGACAUAUGCAUGUCUGAAAGCAUUUCAGAAAAAGCCAUUGAAAUACCAUUGUCCAUUUACAGCUUUCAUGUAGGGUCAGAAGAAAACAUGGCUUCUCAACCAGCUGUUGACAUCAUUAGUCAGGGGUUUCUUCACAGUACAUGGAAAGGCAAAGAAUGCUUGCUUAAACUCUGUGAUACAGAGCUCUCGCUGACCAUGGGGAUUAUCAACUGGCUGCGGAAAAAUCCAGGACUGGUUUCCCCCCAAGACUUUCCCAAGAGUACUCAGUCCCAGCAGGUGAAGGACAGUGAGCCAAUGCUCUCUAGACCCAGCAUGGGCCUGAGCAUGAAUGAAGCAGCUCUGGGGGGAAAUAAACACAGUAUUGAGGUAUCUGUAGCUAACAGUGAAAAUGGAGGCCAGAUGUAUUCCACAGAGAUAACUGAAAAUCAAGAAACUGAUCCUGUUUCAUUUACCACAGCUCAAGAAUGUUCCAGGCUCAUAACAGAUAACAGUGCAUCAUGCAGCCUGCAGAGAUUGGAUGAUAGUUGGGAUGACUUACUCACAAGCUCAUCAGAAAUGGAGAAGACAUCUCUCUUAGAAGAAUGUAUAAAUCCCAGCACUCAAGUGCUAUCCCUAGAAGUACUGAAUCCAAAUUGCCAAACAAAUGGUAAUACUUUGAUAUUGGAUAAUCAUGAUGCAGAAUCAUGUUCUUCUUAUAUGACUGCUGCAACCUCCCCAGAUUCACUUGAGAUGGGAGAUGAAAGUGAAACAAAGGAUCAACCCUGGUCUAUUGCAUAUGAUAAGCCAAUUGAACCUCUGAAUUUCAGCCAUUCCCAAAGUCACAUGAUGAGUCUGAUGCCAAGGGACAGUGAUACUGGCAUGGGGCAGCUUUUGGAACAUUGUGUCACUCAGGUUGCUUCCCUAAAGAUCAGUUGUGAAAAUAAGCACUUGGAAGACAAGCCCAUUGGGAAUGAAAUGAGUGAACAAGCCACUGUGAAGGUUCAAUUGAGAAAUCAGCUGCCUUUGCAAAGUGAAUGUAUCUGCAUUGCUUCAAGUCCCAAAGAUCCUCCUAUCUAUUAUCCAAGUGAAUAUAAUGUGAAGACAAACAUCAGUGCUAGCCCUCUUUAUCCUCAAAAUCAAAAAGAAGGCCCAAUUAAUUCUGGAGAUCAGAAAAACUCAAGUAUCCCAAAUUCUGUGGGUCCAAUUGCAAAAAACAAGCUAACCUUUGAAUAUGCACAGUUGAAUAAUCAAGCCCUGUCUUAUAUCAAGGAUUUCAGGUUUGAACUCAACACUCCAAACUCAACUGCCAUGGCUCACCUUUUCAGACCCACAUUUUUACCACUCUUCAGCUCCAUUUGUUCCAACACAUCCUGUAGCCUUUCACAGUCUCUCAGCAGAAGGACCAGUUCACUGGAGAAACAUUCCCAAGAUGAUACUACUACAGUGAGUAGCACACCUUCAUGUGAUUACUCCCAAUUCCAAUGGAAAGUAUUGCCACAGGUGGCCACUGUGUCACUUCCAGGGGAUGCUACCAAAGAGAAAGCUGUGACUGAGAAGAAUUAUGAAUGACUUGCUGUCAUAUGGUGAGUCUGAAAUUGUA